GACUAAAAGUCUAUGACAAUCAUCAGUCAAUUAUCCUCUAGCUAUUUCAAAUCGGUACACUUCCGAGGUCAAUGUUUACUACAUUAGUCGGAAUGGCUCCGGGGGUUACUAAUUCUAGCGCUCCUUCGCCUCCGGAAACUCCGAAGUUCCCUAAGAGACAAAAGCGGAGUCAAGUGGCGAGAGCCUGUGAUUGGUGUCGCGUACAUCGCAUCAAAUGUGAUAACCAUGUUCCGUGUUUGAAUUGUAAGAAGAGAGGUGGUCAGUGCAAUCAAGGAGAGGUAGAGGUUCGCACCCUUCCUCAUGCUUUCCGAAAAAUCGAGCAUCUGGAAACUCGGAUCAAAGAAUUAGAACGGGAACUCGAGAACGAACGCAGGAACACAAAAUCAAGUACCGGAUCUGAACCACUUCAUAACAGGCAAUCGAGUUUGAGCUCUUCUGGAUCUUCUGGCCUUGGAACUGGUGGAGCUUUGAGUUCUCCGAGCGACAAUGACAGAAGUCCAGAGAGAAAAAGAUUAGGGGAGGGAGUCCGCAUUCGCACUGCACGUCGACAGGAAACGUGGUAUGGUCCCUCAUCGCUAUUCUAUUUCAUCAGGCGUGUAAAUACAUUCCUGAAUGAUUCCUUUCAGCAAACACAUCCGAUUAAUCGCAUGCUCCCUGACUCGAAUAAGCUGUUUGACGGGCCAACCCAAGUCUCUGAGAGCGAACAUGGUCAUCGCCAUACCCAUACAGCAGGAGGUGAGCAAGUCACAGAAAACGACUACUUAACUCCGACGCAAGAAGAGUAUUUCAUUAGUCUCUUUUGGCAAUCAUUUCACACCACCCUCCCAGUUAUAGACGAGAUCGCCUUCAAAGAACAUUACCAGUCACUAUGGACGGCAUCAGGCCGAGAGCGAAAACCGUCGGCACUUGUUGACAUAGUUAUUGCGCUGUGUAUGCAAUACGGCAUGGCACAGCAAUCAGGUACCGAGAAAGUGAACAGUGUUUCGCCAAGCUUGAAGUCCGAUGGUAGCGGUGCCAAUAAUACAUCUAUAGCUGGGCGGUGGCAUUAUCAGCGUUGCCAGAGACUACUGACGAACGAACUAGAAAGCCCUACUAUAUUUACGCUCCAGUGUCAUAUCUUGUCUACAGUAUAUCUCUGUGCUGGCUCGUUUCCAAACAUGGCGGAUAGCACUUGCACUUUAGCCGUACGAACAGCUUAUAUGCUUGGCCUCCAUUUAGAUCCACCUGAAGAGACGUCGCAGAGGGAGAGAGAAUUGCGAAAACGCUUAUGGUGGACUCUUUAUAUCUUAGAGAGCAAGAUCAGCAUGAAGCUAGGCCGUCCGUUUCUCCUGGACCACUCCGAUACUACCUGUAGCCUUCCGAAAGACGACCGGGAAAGCGUCGCAUUGUCGGGUUCCGUAUUGACUCCGCUCGGACAGGAUGCUACAUGGUUGACCUUCCAUGUUGAGAAUAUCAAGCUCUUCUUAGUGGUCCGAGCAGCCUACACAGCCUUCUAUAAAAAACAACUGAACACUACCAGUAACCCGAACGAUCAAGCCCCACGGGACGAAUCAGGGAUUGUCGAGUCUCACGCAGAAUACUUGGGUCCAUAUAUCGACCGAAUAGAAGAAUGGGUAAGGACGGUGCCCGACCCCCUUAAAACGAAACGCCAGGACCACGGUAUCCCCUUUUCUACUGACUUCACCCCCCUUGAGAUUGAGCCAUUCGCAUCUCUCUGGCUGCAGCGCCAGCGCUUGUUGCUAGAGCUUAUGUAUCACAAUCUAUGUAUCAAUCUGUUCCGUCCGUUCAUCCGCUUUAUUCCCUCCACGAGGCCCACGCCCACAGCCGAUAAGACGGCUGCGAAUUGUGCCGCUCAUGCCAUAACGCUGACGCGCAUCAUGUAUCAAGUGUUAUCAUCGACGUCUGUUCUUACAGGUUGGCAUGAAUCGUUUCAGUGGCAGUGGAACGCGACUAUGUCGCUUAUCGGUUUUACGAUUGCGUAUCCACAGCACGUUUCGGCGGCGGAGGCUAGGGAUGCUAUUGAUCUAUCUAUUGCCGUGUUCGAGAUCUUUGAGAGGAGCCUCCCGAGUGCCACCAGUGCGGCUGCUAUCGCGCGCGGUCUUGGCGCACAAGCUGAUUUACUCGCCAAGAAUAUACAAGGCCAGCAAGACUCGACGCCAAAGACAAUGAGCCUACCGUCGACUACUGGAAGUUGGGAACCAUUAAGUGAUGAAAAUCUUGUCUGUGGCAACCCUAAUGCAUCACAAACAGCAACCGGGAUAUGGAAUAACGAUGACGGAAGCGCAGUACCACUGCAGGAUUUCUGGGCCGACUCGAUUGAUAUGGCAUUGUCCGUCGACACGCAGGAUUUUGGAAUGAUGUACUGGCCAAACAUGAAUAGCGACUUCUCGAAUCAAUGGGCCUAUCCACAGAUAUAGGUUUAACUUCAUAAACUACCUAUCUAUCCUUAACGCCUCAUGGAAGUCGUAGGGUUAAAGCUCCACAUAUUUCCUACACUUUUGUUUGAUGUGCUCCAUUGCUUUAAAAUGAAGCGCGUCGUCUCAAUUAUUAAGUGGGACAAUGUCGUGGCUGGGUGUCGCGCGGGUCUGGACACUGUUCGAAAUCGUCCAGCUCUACUAGAUAAAACUUGACGCGACAAUAGAGCGAC